AUAAUUAGGUAACACUGUUAAUGAUUUUUGAGUUGCAGUGCACUCUUUAAAAUGAUUCCCGUUUAGAAUACUAGCAAUAACUUUUUAGAUUUUGGAAUGCCUCUAAUUUAGGGUUAUAGAAUGUGAUCCAAAUUAGUUGUUGUCUGUCUGGCAGUUCGUGUUGCAGCUCCCAAAUGGGGCGUGAGCCUGGCUGCGAGACAGGCUUCCGUCGCAGAAAUACCAAGAGAGAACUACUGUACUCAACUGAACAGAGCUAAACAGUGCAUUUACACUGCAUGCUUUUCUAAAAAAAAAAAAAAAUGGGUUUAGAAAAGGAGAAAUCCGAAACGAGAAUUAUAAUGGAUGACGACGAGUUCAAUAAAUCAAUCGAACCGAUUCUACCAAAAAAGAAAAUCGCAGCUGAUCCCGACAGAGACCCUAAAGAUAUCAACUCUCAUCUGAAGGUAAAUUUUGAGGAUGUUAUUGCAGAACCGGACACAACUCACAGCUUUGAUAAAGUGUGGAUCUGCAGUAAUGCAGUGUUUGAACUCGCAAAAUUUCUGUUGUACAGACUUCUCACAACGAUCCUAGCAAUUCCCCUUUCAUUUGUGGCUGGAAUUCUGUUUGCAGUACUGAGCUCGAUACAUAUUUGGAUUGUGGUGCCCUGUACCAAGAGCUGUAUGAUGGCUCUUCCAUCAGUUCAAGCAGUCUGGAGGAGCCUUGUGGACAUGUUUAUUUCACCCUUGUUCAAGAGUAUGGGGAGGUGUUUUUCUUCUGUAGGCUUCCAUGUCAUGAAAGAUUAAACUGCCAAUUAUAUAUAUAU